UUGCGAAAAAAAUUUACUAGGAUGCUAUGGCUAAGCAUAAUUCACAAAUUGAAUUUCAAAAACAACUUACGCUGACAAAAUUUUCUUUUUUAUAUUUAUUUUCAGAAAAAAUGGCGCAGCUAAAUAAAUUGGAUUUCUUUAAAAUUUUGGAAAAUGCCCAGAAGGAGGGUUCGGAAACCAGCUUUCCAGAUGUAAAUUUUCAAUUUUUCGACAAGGAUAAUGAAGAUGUCCUUGUUGGGUCUAUUCAAGCACAUAAGUUUCUGCUCUCGUUGGUAUCACUGGUGUUCAAACAACAGUUCUUUGGAGCUUUUGCAUCUUCUGAACAGGAAAUAGAAGUGGUCAAGAUUGAAGAUUGCUCUUAUGAAGCAUUCAAACUGAUGAUUGAACUCAUCUAUGACGACCCUUAUGAUAAACAAGAGAAAGCAUUUCUUUGCAGAGACGAUUUUGGACUGCUAUUUGAACUACUGAUAUUGGCUGAGAAAUAUCAGAUAGAAGGUUUGUCUUAUUUAGUGAAGUCAAGACUAGAAACUGUACCCGUGUCUGUUUCAAAUGCUCUGAAGGUUCUUGAAAUUACUGAACAGUAUAAGGAUCUUCUGAACUUUGAAGCAACCUGCUUUGCGCUGAGUAGAAGAGUUGCUAGAGCUGUUUGUAAUAGUUGGAAGUCUUCUGCUGACGUUCUUAGCUUCUGGAGUUUAAACAAAUCUAAAACAGAAUUGAUAAAUGUGUUAUUCGAAAAAUGUUCUCUGUUAGCCGUAGAAGGGAUCUUUAAUAAUAAGGUACUGAAUAGAAAUACAACAUCUGGGCUUUUGUUCCCAAAUAAUCAGGCACAAAAUACUACAACUGGAUUCUCAUUCUCAUCUCAUCAGGCACCAAAUACAACAUCUGGGCUUUUGUUCUCAAAUAAUCAGGCACAAAAUACUACAACUGGAUUCUCAUUCUCAUCUUAUCAGGCACUGGUUAAAACACUUAGGAUAAGGAAUUUCAAGCUGAAGAGUGUAGAUUACCAGAAAAUUCUUGAACACCUAAAUGCAGAGAAUACUGAAGAAAAAUUCCAUGUUGUAGAGUUCAAGAUACUAGAUCAGGAUGGUAAAGUGGAAUCAAUAAGAGCAAACAAACUUCUAUUAUCUUUGGUCUCAUUUAGUUUUCGAUCAAGUUUCUAUAGUGUUGCAUCGGUGAAGAAUAAGAAAGACGAGGUGCAUGUCUUAACUGUUGAGAACGUUCCACCCAAAGAGUUUAAAACCAUGAUCAACAUCAUCCAUGAGUCUAAAGACGAGAACAUUAAAACAGAGGUCGGGAAGAUGGACCUUAAUUCUCUACUUGUGUUACUGACGCUGUUUAAUAAGCAUUUUUUAGCAGGGUUUAGUGAAAUUGUAAGGUACAGAAUUAGUCAAAUCUCUUUAUCAGCUAAAAAUGCAAUCGAAGUUCUAGCAGCCAUCAAGAGAUAUGAAAAUGACUCAAAUCUUGCUUCAACCUGCAUUGAUCUGAAACAGAGAUUAACAAGAGCUGUCAAUAGUUGGUCAUCACCCGCCGAUGUGCUGAAUUUCUGGGCGGCUAACAGGAACAACAUAGAUCUUGUCACUGAAAUGUUCGAUAGUUGUGUUCUAGCAAACAAGAAUAUGAAUUUUUCAAAAUAA